AUGGCGAGUUGUGAUCAAGAAACCUUUAUUCCGCAAUUACCUCAGCCACCACAGUUUAGAACUUCAAAGGGUGGGCCACCUGUUCCAAAUUUUGAAUAUGUUUCAUAUGAUAAAGUACAAGACUUAUAUGAUCAAAAUAAGGGUACAUUAUAUUUUAUUCCGGAAGGUUUUGAACCGGUGUUAGUUCCUAAUGAUGCAAAAGCGACAUCAGUAACAAAUUUAUUGGAAAAUGCAAAACCAGUAUCAAAUGCUCCUAAUGUUCCUAGAAUGCUUCCAGAUACUGAUGUACGUUUACCUUCAUUUGCACUUCCUUGUGGAGUUGCGGGUCCUACUCCUAAAGCAUCAAACACAAAUUCAAAAGUUAAGGUUAAAAAACCUCCGAGACCACCAAAUGCUUUUAUACUCUAUCGUCGUGCUAAGCAACCCGGGAUCGUAGCAAAAAAUCAAGGGAUAACUAAUAAUGAAGUUUCUAAAGAGAUUGGUAGAAUGUGGCACGAGGAACCACCAGAAGUUAGGUCAAAAUUUCAAAAAAUGGCUGAUGCGGCCAAACAGGAACACAUGAAGAAGUAUCCUGAAUAUAGGUAUCGCCCUAGAAGACCGCAAGAGAGGAAACGUAGGAUUCAACCACAUAAUACUCAAUCGACAGCAAAUACAACAGGAGGAGGUCCACAAAAUUCAUAUGAAUCAAAUAAUAAUAAUAACACGAAUACAACAUUUGCUCCUGUUACUACAUCAAAUGGAAUGAUAGAUUUUAGUGUAUUUGACACAACAAAUUCUAACUCGUCGGGAGAAGUCUACCUUGGUCUGGAUGACUAUGUAAAUCAUGUAAAUCCAUAUGAUUAUCAUAAUAUGAACAAUAUGGCUUCACUUAGUUUUAUCUCGACGGCUGAUGAGCAGUACCUUCGUAACCCACAAUACGUAAAACUCGAUUAUUAA